UCACUCCACACUUCAACCUCGACUGACUCUUCCCACCGCGACUUCUUCUUCUUCUUCUUCUUCUUCCACUGUCUUCACCACCACCACCUUCUUCACCUUUUUCUGCAUUCGUACACCUGUCUUGUGUUACUAGCCACUUACUUCUAAUACAUUUUCUGCCUCGCGGCCGCCAUCCCGUCCAACCCGACCGAACUGACCCAUCACCUUCUCCGAGCUUCUUCCCGGCCACGUCUCCGUCGGCACUCAACUUCAGCGACGCACUCUCUCACCCUUGGGUCGCGCCGUUUGCAAUACCGCCACCACCACAACAACACCACCACCGAACGCCACCACCGGACGAGAACACCUCACGGACCCCAUCUUACCGGACCCUCCUCCCACCCCGACUGUGCCGCAAGCCCUUUUGCGACACCCUCAUGCGACAGCGAUCAACCCGACUUUCAGUCGCAUCCCACCUCGACAAGCGCUCUAUGGAGGCAGCAGCUUCGUGGCUACAGAAUUGACACUGCCGCACCCUUGCGCGCCACCAACAUGCAGAGCAUAUUUCGUUUGCCGUGGUGCAGCGAACACCAGAUCAAGCUAUCGGAGAAGGCGAAUCUCGACAAGAUGAGGCCCAUGGUAGAAAUACCGGCGCUACAGGACUUGAAGAGGAAGCGCGCAGAUAGCCACGAUGCGGUGUCUCCCGGCCAAACGAUCCCGAUGUCGAAGAAGCAGCAGCAGGACUUUGUGCGGCAGUGUCCGCCCGCAGCGGCGGCGACGACGACGACGACUACUUCACCUCCGACUCUCUUGCAGAAUCCCAGCGGUGUCUCCAUACUGCCUGCGCAAGCAUGCGCCGCCGCGACACCACUCCUGCCUCAGCCAGAGAGUGCGCCGAUUUCCGGGCCUACUACUUCUGCAGGAGCGAACACUCCGCAAAUCAGGCAGCCAGCUGCAGCGCAACCUCCUGUGGCACCGUCGCAGUCAGCAGCUUCACCUUCGCAGCCUCGUGCAGACUCGCACACCAUUUCUAGCGAGACAGCAUCCGAUAUGGCCCCUGCCCUUACGCCCCUGCAGCAAGUGAUCGAAAACGAAUUCAACAUGCAGAUCCUCAUGAAGCACAAUGAAUUGCGGUUGAUCGAGCAGGAACUAGCCAAAUGCCAGAUCGCGCUCGAGCAGCUUCGACGUUGCGAAUUGCGACCCUACCCUGGCACUGAGUCUCCUUCACUGGACGUCUCACAAGGUACAGGGCCGGCCAUCGCUCCACGUCCAGGACACUCUGUGCCCUCGCAUCCUGCACCAUAUGGCGUCGCGGAUGGUCCUUAUUCCAAGCAUUACUCUCAGUGGCUGUUGCGCGAUCCUCUGUUCGACUCCGUCUCGCCUGAGGCUCUCGCGCUCGCGGAAGCACACCUUCAUGCAGCAGGACGAUCCACACGGAGCAGCAAUAGCAGUAUUCCAGCACCUCGAAAGUCUGCCAGCAAGUCACUAGGCACUUCGACCAGAUCUGCAGAUCCCCUCCACAGUUUGCCAAACUACUCGGCCGCACCACCCAAGGACAAGUCGCAACCUCUGGUACUGGCUCGCUCUUCGGACGGGCAGUUGGUCAAGCUCAUCUGCAACAACUGCCAACGUGGCAACUUCAGCAGCAUUCAAGGUUUCCUCAACCAUUGUCGCAUUGCCCACAAGGUGGAUUACAAGUCGCAUGACGCUGCCGCCCUUGACUGCGGUCGCCUCCUGGACGCAGAGGAAAAGGCCAGUAUGCCUGCCGAAGCUGUCAAGGCGCAUGCCUCGAAACCUAGUACUGGCAGAGCAUCGGCGUCCACGGCAUCUAUGCCUGCGAAAGCUCAGAGUGGAUUGGUACACCCGUUGAACUCGGGCAGUCUGCCCGCUGCUGAACAUCGACCCAUUGCCAAGGCCAACGCCAAGCCAGUGCCCAGUCUCAGCACUCCCGUGCCCUCCGCUUUCCGAUCGGCGCCUUUCAAAGCCUCCAGCGAGACUCCGAUUUUGUCGUCAUUCUGGAAGAAGCACAACAUGGGCGGCGAUCUGGCCCAUGCCGUGGCUCUGGCGAAAGAGAAGGUGGAUCUGAACGCGGACGCCGACAUGAUGUCGCCAGACAUCAUCUCCGACCCCAACUCUCCUGCGACUCCUGUUGGGCCCGGUGCGCGUAUGCCGGCGGGAAACAAUUAUUUUCCACAAGCACAAAGCCGUAAAGGCUUCGGGUCCGGCACGCAGCGUCCGCGCCCUGCACCGAUUGCACCAGCGCCGUCUCGUGAUUACCACAUGCGAAGCCAGCUAUCCUCACCUCAGGAUCUGACAUCGGCGACACUCAGUCCGAAUACUGCCGAUGUUCCGGGCAUGAUUAGCGAUCACGAGGACGACGAUCAUUCAGUGUCCGAGGAGGACACGCCACAAGUCGAGAUGCCGGACGCGCAUCGGCCCAUUCCCACUGUGGUGCGGAACUGUUCAGAUGAGAUGGAAAUUGAUAUUGAGGACGAGCACGUGGACGUGAUGGGUCAACGAGGAGUGAUUAUUCGAAGGAACAGUAUGCUUGCUAACGAAUCGCAUGGCUUCAGACCUGCAGGAAGUCCAUCAAGGAAGAUGGGCAAGUGAGACAGUGCCCGUCUCAUGUUACGAUAUACAUGUUGGUGUGUUUGUGUGUUAUAUAGAGGAUUUUUGGCUCGCUCUGUUGCGCAGCUUAUGCCUCACUCAUUCUGCACGAAUAGCUAGAUGCUGGACGGAAGGAAACAAAUCAAGUCUACUCUCUC